AUGAAAGAAUUGCCAUACAUAAAACCCUCUGGUGGUCCUAAAAAAGACCGUUCUCCCUUUAAUACACAAGAAACCGCCGAAUUAAAAGCAUAUUUAUUACAAAAAAAACAAGAAGGGGAAGCGUUGUGUGGAAAUGCUAUAUAUAAGAAUUAUCCUGGGUUAAUAAACGGUCGACAUACCUGGCAAUCUAUUAGAAGUUACGCAUUAAAAUUUAUCCUCCCUUACUUCCCAAAGGAACUUCCUAACUUACGCAAAAGAAAUACGAGUCAAUCUCAAUCUGAUGCCAAUACUUUGUUACUCCCUAUUCCCGACGACUCACGCCAAAGAAGAACGAGUCCACCUCAAUCUGAUGACAAUAUUUUGGUACACCUUAUUCCCGAUGACUUACGCCAAAGAAGCACGAGUCCCUCUCAAUCGGAUGACAAUACUUUGGUACACCCUAUUACAGAUGAUGAACGUGGAGAUAAUGAAAUUACCUCGAUAACUCCAACGCGGCGUGGCAAUUCUUCGUAUUCUUCUACACCCAUAUCAAUCAAAUGUACACCAGAAACUGGUAUUUCAAGAUUUCAAAUGCAACGUUUAUCUACACCAAUGCGAAAAUCGCCUCCACAAAGACACCCCGAGUUCGCCGACCUAGAAGGAGUCAUUUAUAGACCUGAUAAAGAAAACCAUAACGCAAGAACGAGACUUAUGACGGUAGCCGAAUUUCGCAACGAGAUUAAAUACAUUGCUAAUCAAUUCCAAGUAACACCGAGAGAAGUCAUAUUAUUAGCUCACAAAACUACCUGCAAUUUCCCAGCAAUCGUGGAAUAUUUCAAAAACGACCAAAAGAUUCCAACCCAAAUGAAAGAACAUUUUUGGUCGGAAGAUGAGGAUCUUAAACUUUUGACAACGAACGAUCCCAAUAUCAUGCUAGAAAUUAGGACCAAACACGGUACCUCGUUGUUCUGGAAGAGAGUAGAAUAUUUAAAUGAAUUUUCCUGA